UUUCCUUCCUCUCUAAAACUGAUAACCAGACAUCACUCCCCGGACCCGGAGAGCCGAGACCCGAAAACGCAGAACGAUGGGUAAGGAUCUAAGCGAUGAUCAGGUUUCGUCGAUGAAAGAAGCCUUCACUCUCUUCGACACCGAUGGUGAUGGUAAGAUUGCUCCGUCGGAAUUGGGGAUCCUCAUGCGCUCGCUCGGGGGCAACCCGACCCAGGCACAACUCAAGUCCAUAAUCGCCGAAGAGAAGUUGACGGCGCCUUUUGACUUCCCUCGGUUUUUGGAUCUCAUGGCGAAGCACAUGAAACUCGAGCCAUUCGAUCGGCAGCUGCGCGAUGCGUUCAAGGUCCUCGAUAAAGAGUCCACCGGCUUCGUGUCCGUGGCGGAUCUGAGACACAUUUUGACCAGCAUUGGGGAGAAGCUAGAGCCAUCUGAGUUCGAUGAGUGGAUCCGCGAGGUGGAUGUCGGGUCGGAUGGCAAGAUCCGGUACGAAGAUUUCAUUGCGAGGAUGGUCGCUAAGUGAGGGAUCGCGAUAGGCCAUGUUUGUUUUGUUUCUUUUUUUUUCUUCUUCUUCUUCUUUUACCCGGAAAUGCUUUUCCUGGGUUCCUUUUGUUUUGUUUUGUUUUGUUUUGUGUGGGUUAAGGUUUGAUGAAAUGAAGGAUGGAUUUGCCUUAUUUUUGUUGUUUUUAUUUUCUGGAAUUGUUAAAGCAAUGAUCACCGUUGUUAGAGAAUUUCCUGUGCAUAUGUCCUGUUUAUUAUAAUAAUAAUAAUAAUUAUUA